AUGGGGUCCCCCCCCCCCCCAGUGCCUCCGGGGCCGCCGGCGCUGGAGCUGCCGCCGGGGGCGGAGCUGCCGUGGGUGGGCGGGGCCGAGGUGCACGUGCGCUGCCACGCCCACGACGCACGCCCCGCCCCGCGCCUCGUUCUCACGCUCGGGGGGCAGCCGCUGCCCGACGCCUCCCCCCGCAUCUUCGAGGGCUCCCACCCGAAACUGAGCAGUGCUGAAGUCACCGUCAGGCUGACCCCACAGCGCCAGCACCAUGGACAGCGCCUGCUCUGCAGCGCAUCCAAUGAGGCCGGGGCUGCCCCGACCGAGGCCGCGCUCGUCCUUGACGUCCUCUUCCCCCCGGGCCCCCCCACCAUCGAGGGCCUGGAUUCGCCCCACGUGCGGGCGGGGGACACCCUGGAGCUGGUGUGCGUCGUGCGGGGGGGGAACCCCCCCCCCAGCCUCCAUUGGGACAAGGACGGGAGGCCGCUGGCAGCGCCCUGGCUGACGCAGCGCCCCCUGGCGGUGACGCGGAGCCCCCUGGCGGUGGCCGUGACCCGGGGGGACGACGGCGCCACCCUGCGGUGCCGCGUGCAGACACAGCGCCCCCUGGCGGCCGGGGGGAGCGCCAGCGUCACCCUGCACGUGACCUACCCCCCCUCGGAGGUGACGCUGGUGGGGCCGCGGGGGGGCGCCGAGAACGAGUCCCUGAGCCUGACGUGCGCCAGCGCCCCCAGCAACCCCCCCGCGCGCCUGCGCUGGUGGUUGGGGGGCAGGGAGCUGCGCGCCAGCGAGAGCAGCACGGCGCCGGCCCCCGGGGGGGGCACGGUGACGUCAUCGAACCUGACGCUGGUGGCGCGGCGCAGCGAGCACGGGCGCCCCCUGGUGUGCGAGGCGGCGGUGCCGGGGGUGGGCGUGGCCAGGGCCAGCCUCGUUCUGAGCAUCACCCACCCCCCCGAUUCGCUGUGGGUCGAGGCCCCGCCCCCCAACGCCUCCUUCCGGGUGGGGGAGCUCGUGCGGUUGGGGUGCUACGCACGUGGGGGGCACCCCCCCCCCCGCCUCGUCUGGAGCAAGGUGGGAGCCAAUGGGGGGGACUGGGAGGGACUGGGUUAG